ACGGAAAUCGAACGCACUCUCCGCAAUGUUGACUCGCGCUGCAUUCUGGGUAAUGUCAGCUCGGGCCACUAUGCAAGAAAAACCCGAACUAGGUUCCCACAAUGUUGGCAGGUCGGUAACAGGUCGAGCAACACGUCAAAUCUGGACACACCUCCUUCAACUAACGAUGUAAUUUUGACAGCAAAUAUUGACUCCCAUUCCAUUUGGACGGAUACGAAGAACAGCAAAACAUGGCUCUCGAAAAUGUGAGCGUCGUCUUCAAACUGUACUGCCUGACAGUGAUGACACUGGUAGCCGCUACGUACACGGUGACCCUGCGGUACACGAGGACCAUUUCCUCGGACCUGUACUUCUCCACCACUGCGGUGUGCCUCUCCGAAGUCAUUAAGUUGAUCCUCAGUCUGGGGAUGCUGUCAAAAGAAACAGGGAGCCCCACCAGACUGAAGAACACUUUAGUGGAACACGUGUUAUGCAGCCCAAGAGAACUGCUGAAGCUGAGCGUGCCAUCCAUAGUGUACGCAAUUCAGAAUAACAUGGCAUUUCUUGCCUUGAGUAACCUUGAUGCUGCAGUGUAUCAGGUGACCUAUCAGCUGAAGAUUCCGUGCACGGCCUUAUGCACGGUCCUCAUGCUGAACCGAUCCCUUGGCCGCCUGCAGUGGUUCUCGGUCUUCAUGCUCUGCGGCGGCGUGACACUCGUCCAAUGGAAGCCUGCACAGUCCACGAAGGUUCAGAUUGAGCAAAAUCCUUUUCUUGGAUUCGUUGCCAUUGCUAUUGCGGUCGUUUGUUCAGGGUUUGCAGGUGUGUACUUUGAGAAGGUGUUGAAGAGCUCAGACACGUCUCUGUGGGUGAGAAACAUCCAGAUGUACAUUUCUGGUAUUGUCGUCACACUAAUUGGUGUUUGCAUAACCGAUGGCGAGAAUGUCCUGGAGAACGGCUUCUUCUUCGGUUACACGCCCAUGGUGUGCUUCGUAGUACUGUUGGCCAGUGUGGGCGGUCUCUACACGUCGGUGGUAGUAAAGUACACCGACAACAUCAUGAAAGGCUUCUCUGCUGCAGCCGCCAUCGUUCUCUCAACAGUGGCGUCUGUCUUCAUGUUUGGAUUACAGAUAACAUUCUCGUUUGCCUCUGGAGCACUCUUGGUGUGUGUUUCCAUCUACCUGUAUGGACUUCCAAAGACUGAAACAUUAAGGCUGAACCGGGAAGAUGCAGACAAGCAAUCCAAACAGAGGCUGAUCACUGUGUGAGCCGCCAACCUGCAGCAGUCUCUCUCUGUGGUGGACGUGGUCAGUUUUAUGGGGAGGGGACACUUUUUUUCAGCGACCUAAACAAGCUCCCGUCCGUCAGUGUGUUCAGUCCACCAUAGACUGCUGCUUUUGGUCCACUUGUAGAUACAAUCUUUUCAUUGAUCAAUUUUUUUUUCUUCUUGAUCUUAGACUGGCUUGCUCAAAGUUUAUAAAUGUUAUGAUGCAAUUUGUGAAACUUUGUAAAUUCCUUCAGCCACAGGACCUUGUUUUGAUUCCUCCAUCGAUCUGUUCUAGGGGAAGUAUCAAGAUCACAACUUAUCAUGACUGUUUUUCACUGCAAUUUUAUUUUCCAUAUCAAAUGCUGCUGAAUGCGAAUCAAAAGAAAUGACCAUUUUGUAAUAAUAUCACAUGUGUGUUGCAUUCAUUAUAACACCUUUUUUGCUCGGCAUGACCCUUGUACCUGGUUACACCUUGUUAAAGGAACUUAGAACCAGUUGGACAGCAUGUUGACGUACGUAAUCACUCUGUACAAUAGGUUGAGUUGAGCCUCAUCCCACCGCAGUCUGUGGAUGGAAAAUACCUGACACAAUAGAAGGAACGUGGUAUAUAUAUAUAUAUAUAUAUAUAUAUUGAAGCAGUUCGUACCUACAGCAGUUGAAGUAACAGUUGAGUUUCACAUUUGAUCUACUGGCGUGAUGCCCAGGAUCUUCAUCCCAUUGGCCAGGACUGAGCGGGUGCCACUGAACAGCUGUAACCUUGCCUGUUGACAUUCAGCAAAUAAGAACAUUUUUUAUUUGUUUUUGUAUGAAUCUGGGAAGUAAUUUUGCAUUUGUUCUGGCUUUUGCUCAUUAGUGCAUUAAAAGACUGAUCUUUUUCUGUGAUGUUGGAGAGAGUGGCUGUUUUGCUGUAUUAUCCGUAUCUAAAAAAGUGCCAUUUUGUCAGACGGGCAAUGUAAAACUAUAACAUGUGACCAUCUGUAAAAGUGUCAUGCAAAUGUUUUCUGCUGCAGAAAAUUAACAAACAACUCAGAAGCAUUUGGGGUCAAAUUCGUAAUAACGGAAUCUAAUCUGUGACUGGACAUGUUUAAUUAAAUUCAGAAGCUAAAAGGGGCAAACAAUGUACUUUUUGUUUUGUAUAUUUAAUGUACUAAAGUACUCCAUUAAUAGCAUUUAAGAAUGAAAACGCAUGUAAAUGUCAAUUCUUUCUACCUGUGCAACAUCCCGAGAGCUUCCUUUCACUGGCAGCUCUCUGUGUGCUGAGGCGAUCAGAUGGCUGCAAGAGAAAUGACAUCAAUAAUACUCUUAAGUACACAGUUGUACCACCAUGUCAUCACAAGCGCCCGGGCAAACCCUCAAGACCAACAUCCUUCUUACCACAGCUUCAAUAAAAAGUUGACCAGG